GCUCAGAGCUGGCAGGAGAAGCGACGUUCCUCCCUAAGGCUCAGCUUUAAAGCAUAUGAGUCAAACAGAAAGUCUACAAGUGCAGUGGUGACACAGGGACUGUGGGACAAUGAUGCUCCCCAAGUGUGCCUUCUUAUUCCUGUGCCUUUUGGCUGAUUGGGGCUGGGCUGAUGAAGCUCCCCACAGGGCAAUAAAGGAAACUGUUGAAUACAUGAAGUUUCUAGAAACUAGAUCCUUCUCUCGGAGCCUUCACGAUAAACAAAGAUUAAUCCACUCAUUAGAGGCUAAGUUGAAAGAGGUCAACUUCUCUAGUGUGAAUGUCACUCUCCAGACCAAUAGCAUCCAGUCUCUGGUCUUCAAACUCACCUGUGACUUCCCUGGGCUCACAAUCAACAGUUCAUUGCUAGAGAAGGCCCAGACCAGGCACGCCAUGCAGUUCCCCACUGAGCUGACCCAGAAAGCCUGCAAAGCAAAGGAAGCCUCCCAGGAGCUGCGGUUAAUCUGCGUCUACUUUCACAUGAAGUAUUUCUUCCAGGAUGACAAUAACAGUCUUCUGCUCAAUGAUAACAUCCUAGGAGCCAGCUUGGUGAACCAUAAUGUGUCCAGCCUGAGGCAGAGUGUAAACAUCAGCUUUUGGCACAAUGAAAGCCUGGGUGGAUAUGAUUUGACAUGUGUCUUCUGGAAGGAAGGAGCAGGAAAAGCCAGUUGGGGGGCCUGGAGCACUGAUGGAUGCAAGACCAAAUUGAUACGACCACAUCAGGUCCUGUGCCGCUGUAACCACCUCACUUACUUUGCUGUCCUCAUGAAACUCUCACCAGCUGAGAUCAGUGCAGAGCUACUGGCCCCACUCACCUACAUUUCCAUUGUGGGCUGUAGCUUGUCCAUUGUGGCUUCGCUGCUCACCAUCCUACUCCAUUUCUAUUCCAGAAGAAUCCUUGGAUGCUUCCCCAGGACCUUCAAUCUGGGGAUCAUAGAGCACUCCAGGAAGAAGAAUGAUUCCACAACCUGUAUCCACAUGAACCUACAUGUAUCCGUCAUACUCUUGAAUAUCACCUUCCUGCUCAGCCCUUCCCUGAUCUUGCAGCCAGUGGGGUGUGUGGCCAUGGCUGCCCUGCUGCACUAUGCCUUGCUCAGCUGUCUCACCUGGAUGGCCAUUGAGGGCUUCAACCUUUACUUGCUCCUUGUCCGGGUCUAUAACAUCUACAUCCAGAGAUACGUCCUCAAGCUCUCUGCCCUAGGUUGGGGGUUUCCUGGCUUCAUAGUGCUGCUCCUUCUCCUUUUGAAGAGCUCUGCAUAUGGGCGCUAUGAGAUCCAAAUAAAAAACAACCAGGAGAAUGACACCAGCUCUCAGAAUGCUUCCCUAUGCUGGAUCACAUCAAUGGAAAUCCACUCAGUCUUUGUCCUGGGCUAUGCGGGAGUCACUUCCCUCUUCAACCUGGUCAUCCUCAUAUGGGCAGUAAAGAUGCUCUGCGGACUGCACUCUCGGGAGAAGAAGUGGGAGUCACGAGCCUGCCGGGACAUCACCACUGUCCUGGGCCUGAGCUUGCUGCUGGGGAUCACCUGGAAUCUGGCUUUCUUCUCCUUCCAUGCCAUCCUGUUGCCUCAGCUCUUCCUCUUCACCAUCUUUAACUCUUUAUAUGGUUUCUUCCUCUUCCUGUGGUUCUGUGCCCAGAAGCGACACUCUGAUUUGGAGGCUGAGACCUCCAGCUCUUCACAGAUGGUACGGACUGGGCUCCCAAGCCAUGAUUCUUCUAUCAGAUCUCGUCAGCCUUCUUCUCUCACCUGCUCAUCCAGUCCUUUCCCUCCACAUGGCACAAGUCACCAAGAGGGUAGGAUGGAAGAGGAUAUGGCACAUCCAGGGACAUAAGGAGGCACAGCCUUCCAUGCCCAGUACUCUUGGCUUCCCUGGGAGCCAGGACAUGGCCAGCAUCCUGAGCCCACACUCAGAGAACUAAUUCUUGUUCUUGAGUUUUCUCUCAGCAAAGAGAGAUAAGGGCCACUGCCAGAGACAUUUAAUUUUCCCCAUAGGACAUCUUCCUUUGGAAAGACCCAAAUGGAGAAUGUCUGAGUGUUGGCCCAUUGGUCUUUGGGGACAAUCCUGGUAAUAAAGUGCGAAAGAGCCCUGGAUUAGGAGGCAGAUCUGAAGCCUUGAUCCUCCUACUAAUUUGCUGUGUUAUCUCAGUCAAGAGAUGCCUAAUCUGUCAAAUGGAGGUAAUAAUACAUCUCAUAAAUGUUGGAAGGAGGAGAUAGCAUACCGUAGUAGAAAAAGCAUUAGACCAGGAGACAAGAAUAUUGAGUUUUAAUCUUAGCUUUAUGUAAUUUUCUUCUCUGGCCCUCAGUUUACCCAUCUGUAAAAAAGAUGACAUUGAGCCAGAUAAUUUCUAAGGUCCCUUAUAGCUCUGGCAUUCUGUCAUCUUGUGACCCAUUGUGAUGAUUUCUGUGUAAAUACUUUGGAGAACAUAAGUUCUAUAGAGACUUUUUUUAAGCCUGUGAUUUUCUCUAUGUGGGAAACUCUCACUGUGGGAUCUUCUUCCACCGAUGCAGGUCAGCAACACCUCAGUAACUUAAGGUCUUAGAUUUUUGCCUGGGCGCACCAACACGUUAGGUAGUCUGUCCAGGAUCAAACAGCCAAUAUGUCUUAGAGGAGGGUCUUGCUCUUCAGGCAUCACCUUACCCACCAUACCAUGCUUCCUCUCUAUUGGAUGUAAGAGGUGAUUAUUAACCAGAGGGAGGGAAGGCUCGAGUUUUACUUAAUGUCUCUCCCUUCCUCCCCUCCCCUGCCACCCCUACCCCAACAUGGGCAUUUUCCUGGUGUGUGAUGAAGCUUGUCCAGUCCUUUCCUUGCCCUAUGCCCCUUACUUCCAACCCAUAGGGCAAGACUUCCGCAUAGGAGCAUUGCUAUUUUUUGUUUCCCCAGCACUCAGCACAGUGCCUGGCACAUAGGAGGCACUUAACACAUGCUAGCUGAUUGACAGGCGGUCAGGAGGAGGGGCCAGUUUAAGGGGGAAAUGAUGCAUUCAUUUGGUUUGGGGUAUGUUGAACAUCAGGCAUCAGUGGGAAUUGGGGUUCUGAUAAACAGACUGUCUGAAAUGUGGGUCAGGACCUUGGGAGAACAGUCAGAGCUGGAAUUGUCCACUAGGGUGUCACUGCUGAUUGGUUGAGCUACAAAGCCUCUUUGGGGGUGGGUGGACCUCUGAGGGAGGGACCAUUUCCCCACUGACUUCUUGACAGGACCCAAGCCCUCGGGCUUCUGGGGUGAGAUAGAGGACAUAGCAAUGUCUGUAUAAUAUCUUGGGCAAAUCAUAUCACUUCUCCAAAUCUCAGCUUCCUCAAUUAAAAAAAGGAAAAUAUUAGUAACAUACCCACUUCAUGGGGCUGUUGUGGCAGGUGUUAAAUGGUUCUAUGAGAACAGAAGGAAGGCGAUCAUGUACGAUAAACACUUGUAGACAUUAAAGGGCCAGAAGGUUUACAAUCAUCAUUACCACUAUGAAAUACAGCCCCAUUUCCUGUGGUCGGAGUCUUGCGCUGGGUACUCGGAGCAGAAGACACAGGAGGCAAACCCAGCUCUCCAGUAGAUUACAGUAUAAUUGAGGGGAGAGACAACACACAGGAAACCUCAGAACACUCGCAAGGGCCACGAAGCUAGAAGCAUCUUUAGUACACGAUA